AUGGAAGAUCACCAAAAAUCUUCCCUUAUUAAAAAAUGUAUCAUUGCCGGAUCUAUCAAGAUAGGAGAUUUUGAUAAACGUUUGGAAAUCAUGCAGCAAAUGGAGCGCCAUUACGCGCAUCACGUUUUCGAAAGCCACUACCUGAUGAGAAGACUAGUCGUGCCGAUUCUAAUCAAGGAAAUGAAGGAAAUAGAGAAGAGCCGUUGGAUGGGAAAUGGCAUUACACCAUUUGAAGCUGAUUGGAGGACUCUCAUUUGGAACUGUAUCCGUCGUUGUCGCCGCAGUGUUCUGGAGCAGAAGAAACUGAUCAACAACGCCACCUGUCAUGAUGGAUCACCGAGGAAAAGUAUUUAA